AUGUACCCGAGCGACGGCGGGCAAGGUUGGCAGGCCCACGCUCGCCGCGAACUCGACCCUCGAGACAGAUCAGCUGCACCUUCCCAAGUUCCGCCCGACGAAGGGACUGGCGCGUCCCUGGCGGGAACCGCUCCGUCGACGGACGCACACAGCCAGCAGACUCUCCAGGCCGUCCUGCCAGCGCCGUAUGCCCCGCCAGUCCCUCAUCCAGCACCUCAACUCGUCUCCGUCCCCGUCCCCUACGACCGAGACGAUCCUCCCCGCCCUGCUAUCCUCGCGCCCUUCCCUCUGCGCCCCCCACUUCCCCUCGAACACACUGUGCUCGCCGUCCCGCCCGCCUACACACACGACACGACCUUUGCGUCCGUCGAGUCUGCCCGCUGGAACGCUUUGCCGGAUCCCUCGUGGGUUCCGGCGGUAGCGGGCCCUUCGUCCUCGUCUUCCCGGCACGACUCGCUCGGACUCGGACCCUCGACGAGCUGGACGGAAGAUGGGCGGCGGUACUCGACCGCGAGCAGCACGAGCGGAGACUCGUACACGACCAGUCCGCUCGCUGGCGGAGUCGUCGCUCUGCCUGAGGUCGCCAACGAGACGCUCCCUCCAGAGAUCAAGCCAUUCGUGCAGAAGCUGUACAACCUCCUCGCGGAUCCGCAGCUAUACCAAGACGUGAUUCUCUGGAACCACACCGGAGACGCCUUCUUCGUCGCGCACAACGACCGCUUCAUCAACGAAGUUUUGCCGGCCAGCUUUGGACACCAGAACAUCCACUCGUUCACGCGCCAGCUGAAUGUCUACAGCUUCCAGCGAAUGACCGUCGCCCAGCUUCGUGCCGGUCUCGACCUUGAAGGCCGCGUCUCGAGCCAGUACUCGGGCUGGUCGCAUCCCAACUUUCGGCGCGGCGGAGCAACUUCGCUUCACCUUCUCGCACCGCGACCCAGUCGAGCGCGAAUCAUGCGCAAGCUCGAGAAGCAGUCGCAGAGCGGAUCGACGGCGCGGUCGCGCAGGAGCUCGAUGGAGUCGUUCAUGUCGUCGCAGACCUCGCCGCUGUCGACGACGUCGCAGCUCCCCUCGCCGCUCGCCGACCUCCCUCCUCCCCCGCCUCUCACAGGCUAUCGCCUCCCGCAAGCCCCGCUUCCCAAUACCCUCGCAUCUGCGCCUCCGCAGCCCUAUUACGAUCCCAAUCCGCCGCCAGCCAUGCAGAUAUGGCACGACACGGGAGCUGGUCCUCCUCCGCCGUAA